CUGUGGCUUCAGUGCGAAUUCGGCGCAUGACGGUGACGGAACAACGGCGAGUAGUACGACGACUCUAACUAUUAUUAUUGUAUUUUUGUAUGGUUGUAAAACGCGAGCGUUCGUUGUAAAGCCGCAGCAAAAUAGUUGUGGCGAAUAGUUGUUGUUUAGCGAUAAAUUACUCGGUUUCUCAUGCAUUAAAUGCCGAUAAAAAUAUUAAUAUAAACGUCAGCUAUUGCAUGAAAUCAAGUGUGAAGUGUGUAUGUUUGUACAUACAUACAUACAUAUAUUGCCGUUAAUUUUGUUAAUAAAAUGACAGCAGUGUGUCAUCGCGCGAAGUCUUGGCAAUAUUCGGCAAAGCGUGUGAAGAAAGUUUGUGCCAACAAAAAGUCGUUAGAAAUUGUCUGGCUGCGCUUGUAGCGGUUGUUGUUUUUGUCAACGUAUGCGCUUACGUCAAACCCGUUUAACUGGUGUUAGAAAACAGCUGAUGCCGUGUCGACAACAACAAAAGUGAACAACUGUGUGGAGAAACAAAAAUCAAAACAAAUGAGAAUAGAUAGGACAGAAAAUUAAAAUAAAAUAAAAUAAAAUAAAAGAAUUUUCGUAACUGCGGAUUUAUAUAAUAAUAAAAAAUAUGCAACUAAAAUAAGAAAUCGGCAGUGUCAUUACUUAUAUGGUAUAUGUGUAAAUAUAUGGACUAUGCAUAUCCAUAAAGCGCCAGAUGUCAGUUGACUAAUCGAGCGCGCUGCAACGGACAUAUAAGCAAAGAGCAGCGCGCAUUUCCGCGCCGCGCGCGCCUUAGUCAAUCCCAGUUGUUAGCAGGCCAAAGCGCCGUGAAAGCGACUGAUCGCCGCUGAGUGAGUGUGUGUGUAUGUUACACAGCGCGCGUGUACAAAAACAGCGUUGCUUGCCUAAGAAUUGGUGCGACUGAUCGAUCGACCGCGUCGUCGGCGCGUGUUUAUCAUGUUUAAUUAGCUUAGACGCCCCUAAUAAAACAAGUUAAAACCAAAGUUCGAUAAAAAUUCAAAUAAACAGUGAGAUUGUAAAUAAAUAAACUCAUAAACCACAGUUUGACAGCCAAUGGUACGACAGUUUGAUUGGCCAAACAGCAACGUUGAAUUGUUUCAUAACCACAGUGAGGGCUCAUACCAAAAACUGCAAAUUAAACAUGUCCAACGCUUUACAAAAUCCCGUUGACAUUGUGUCGCUGCCGCGCAAUAGUUCGGACUCGCAUAUCGAGCGUUUAAACGCGCAGAAAAAUGAGUCCAAACUGUUUCUCAUCAAGUCGUACAGCUUCAUCGAUAAAUCACUAAAAAGUCAUGCGUUGCCGCAGAAGUCUAAGCAACGCGCAGAGAAUUUUACGGGUUUCCGGCAUAUAGACGCGUUGCUACUCGACGCUGCGACCGCAAAACCGCAAACAAGUGCCAAAAAUGAACAAAAUAAAACAAAUGCGAAAGCGAAAGCGCAAAAAUGUAAAGCUAACAAGACCGAUUCGGACGAGGAAGAGGAUUACCGUGCUUUGCUGCGACAUCCCUCCGUUAUUAUGGAGGGUGUGGUGAGUGAAAUGCAUGUGCGUCCGAAAUCGAUGCCAAGUGCGACAAUAACGAGCACGCGGCCACCACCAGACCCGGCGGCGCCACCGCCGCCUACAGGGAAAUCGAACAAAUCCAAACAAAAUGACUUCAAACGCGAGUCAUUCUUGCGUCACAGCUUGCAAUCGAUACGCCGCAGCUUCAGCGCGCAUAAGAAGUUUGCCGGUUUCGGGCACAAUGCCACAAAUGCCAACGCAACUAGCAAAGCCGCGCGUGCGGAGGCAACUAAAACUUGCUCAUCCUCAUCUUCAUCAUCAUCAUCAUCAACGACGUCAACCACCUCCUCCACCACCUCGACAGCGUCAGCGGCCUCCAGACAUUCGGGCAGCAACGGUAUACCGUGUAGUAAAAGUGAAAAAGUUGGCAUUAUUAUUAAGCUGAAUGACAAUACCGACUGUUGGGCGGACGGAACAGGCGAAAUUGGCUGCUGUGAUAUCGGGAAUGUUGGUAGUCAGCGCAAGUUAAGGGCGCGGGGGAAGGAAUUGUGUGCAAGCGUCAGUACAUUUGCUGCAACUCCCAACGAUUCUACUUCCAUGGCACCAUUGCAAAGUCACGCUGAAACGCAGAGUGUCACAAUAUUAAACUUACAGGACAAAGAAACCUCGCCGAACAGCAGCAAAUCGAGCAGUUCGAGCAGAACACAGCUGACGCAGAAGCAAAAGCAACAGCAACAUAAGCGACAGAGCUCCAAUCAAAGUGAUAAUUACAACACAGCCUAUUCGACAACGUCGGACAGUUCAACGCAGAAUCUGAACAAUUGUCGAGUCGAAGCCAGGUCCUUGAACACCAUAGCGCCGAGCGGUUCCACUGUCAGCACACGCAGCCUCAGCCCAACGUCCCGUAAAAGUGCCACCAACACCACGGCGAAGCAUGAGCAAUCGACAGCGGCAGCAACAGCUGCUGCCGCCUCUACAACAGCGGUGCCUGCCGAGAAGGAGAAGAAGCGCAAAGAGGUCUCCAGUUCGCGUGUGAAGAAAUUCCAUCGACACUUUACGCAGGUCUCCAAAGAUGAGAAGCUCAUCAAUUAUUUUUCUUGUGCACUUGUUAGUGACAUACUGCUACAAGGACAUCUUUAUAUAACAGAUCAGCAUUUUGCAUUCUAUUCAAAUGUGUUUGGUUAUGUUACCAAGGUUGUCAUACCCACGUCGUCCGUCACGAAAAUCUCCAAGGAGAAGUUGGCGAAAAUUAUACCGAACGCCGUGGGUGUCGCCACCGCCGAUGAGCGGCACGUCUUCGGUAGUUUUAUGAGCCGCGAGGCAGCCUUCCGUUUAAUGUGCAGCGUUUGCCCGCCAUUAGCACCUAUUGAAAAUCUUCCAAAAGCACCCGCAGACAUUGAAAUUUCCGAAGAAUACUCAAUUGAGGAUGACAGCAGUUGUUCGAUUAGCGGCAACGAGAGUCCACCACAAGCUCUAGUUGCAGCAAUCACCGCCAACGCUGGCGAAAUCGAUGAACUUGGCCAAACGGUGAUACACCGCAAUGUAGCUGGCUCCAGUGUGAGCAUUGCCGAUGGCACCGCAGCAGCAAAUGAAAACCAUCGACAUUCCGAUAUUCCAACAGAUGCCAAACAAGCCGGCGCUUUCUCCAACACAAAUAUGCGCGCAUCAGCGCCACCCUCGGCACGCUACAACUCCAACCACGGCAAAAGUGCCAGCGGCGCAGACGGUACACCGAUUGCAAAUGCCAGCAGUAGUGACGGCAUGCCGACCGCCGGUAUUGCGUUGAUUGUGACUGGCACCAAUACGUCGGGCUCAUCGUCGCCCACACCGUCAACAUCUUCCUCGCUGCCAAUCACGGUGAUGGGCAGCACACCUAAGUCAGCAGCGCAUGCGGCUGUGUCGAGCUUCAAGACGCUGACACAGAAGGCGCUGCUGCGCUUGAAAUUCCCCAAGGAAUUACAUGUCGUUUACUUAGGUGUGCUGCUCACUAUGGUGCUGGCGCUAUUCUCUGUUUUUCUGCUCUAUCGAAUACUGGACAUUGAGGCGAAAACAAGCGCAUACCGCUCGCCAAAUGAGUUCAAUUGGCGCGCCGGCACCGAUGACGAUAUAUUUGCGGAGGCUUUGCGUUGGCAAAAAGAGCUGCAAGCUAAAAGCACCGAGGAAGCUCAAGAUAUACUUACACACAAUUUAGAGCAGAUUGCCAAGGUGCGUCGCAGCCUAGAAACGCUCUCAAUGUUAAUCCAUGACAGAAGCUCAGCUCAUGAACAGCGCGACGAAAGUGACUGAAUUUAUAUUUUUAACUAAUUUUAAUUACAAUUUAACCGUAAAAGGAAAGGGUACGAGCCUUUCACACACACACAUACAUACUACAUAGUUACACAAUACUUUUAAGCUGAUAAACUACGAUUAAAUUGAAGCAGUUAUACUUACAUUAAUGAAAUAAAUUCAAAAUAAGCACUACAUACAAACAUAAAAGAAGAAGAAGCAGCAGUUGGAAAGCAUAAAGUGAAAAAGUGCGAGGGAAAUGCGGCAAUGCAGCGCGCAAAAGCAGUUACACACACAAAGAAUGAAACUUUGAAAAAUUAAAAGUAAGUCGCAAAACAAACAUACAUACACACAAAUGUGUUUAGGGCAAAUACCGUUGGAAAAAUUGCAAAACAUGUAAAUAUAUUUUCCUUUUGAAAUGUGCAUUCUGUCAAUUUGAUAUUUAUAUUUUUGAAUAUUUUUGAAUAUUUUCGCUGAUCACACUUCUUUGCAUGUGGCUGUGCGCUCAAGUCAAUUUUUAUAUGGUUCCUAUUAACGGUUAAAGUAAUUUUUUGGUAUUGUAGUCAUGCUGAUGUGCCAAAGAUAUUUAGAAAUGAUAUCUGUACUGCAAAGAACCGCCAGUUGGGGAGCAAAAUUGUAUUUUCGACAUUUUACACCGUUUCAAAAGGAAUUUAUAUUUAUACAAAGUACAAUUUAAGCCACGACAGAAUCGAAAAAUGUGAAAAAUCGGCCAACAUUUUUCAACAAUUUUCGGCAACUUUGAAAUUUUUCAAUGAAAUAAGUUGAAUUUACGAUAAACAGCACCAAUUAUAUUUAUUUAACACUUAUGUGUGGAAUAGAAGGAAAUGCAAGCUUGGGGGCAGCUGGAGACACAAUGCUCCUAAGUUGCCGCAGACCAUUCAGCUCCUUCAAAGAUUCUUUGACGCAGUUGAAGGAUCAGGUCUUUUACACUUGAAUGCCGGAAAUUGAAAAAACAUGCUGGCCGAUUCUUUCAUUCAACUCUCAUGUCCAUCCCUUUGCAAAUAUUUUGUCGUACCUCAAAAAAACAAAAAAAAAAAAUAAAUAAAAAGCUGCUGCGCUGCGCUAUUGUCUGCAAAUAAAUGAAAAAUAAUGAAGCAAAUAUGGUAUUUUUAACUGUAAACCGCAAAAAUAGUUUAUUACUCAAGCGUUUAAAGCUACUAAGUGUUAAAGUAAAUAAUAUUGUAAAAAUAAGAACAAAAACUGCGCCAGCUGCGUGGCAUAAAGCGCUGGCGAUAAAAACGAAAAACAAAGUCUUAUAUACAUAUACUACAAUAACAACAACAAACAAACAAAAGCAAAACGGCAAAAGCCGAAAAAAGAAACACUUUCAGUAACAAAACCAGAAGCUGGGACAUGGUGCAAUCUUGGAAACGCCUGUGGUCCGAUGCGCUGCCGCCGCCGCCGCCGCGGCUGCCGCAAACCACGCGUUACACAAAAUUACUAAUUAUAGACAAGUUCUCAUGCGCUAACUCGUUCACAAAAUAUGAGAGUUUCGCGCAUGAGCAUUCAAUUCAAACUUCUUUCGGCACCUUAACCCUCAUUUACCAUACACACACACACACAUGAAAAUAGAGAAAAACUUAAAAUUUGACAAAUCAACACAUGCCAUUUCCCCGCCCGUCUAAUCACACACACACACAUAAGCAUAUUUUUAAGCCACUCUCAAUUUGCUAUUUUCCGCUUGGCAAGCUUCGGCGAUUUUUCUUCUCUUUUUCUACACAAACAAAAGCAAAAAGAACGAAAGAAAUGCAAGAAAAUGCAAGAAAAUCCCUAAAAGUCAUUUUCGACAUGGAAGUUGAGAGCGAAAGAUUCCCCUGUGAUACAAAUAAACAUGCAUACAUACAUACAUGCAUAUGUAUUGCAUUAAUUUUAUUAAGUAAGAAAAUGAAAUUUGCGAUUUAAAGUAAAUCUUAAUUAAGUGUAGCUGAAAUAUUUAUACAUUUUUAAUUUAUUACAAAAUUAUGAAAUAAGUUUGCGAAUUUUGUUAGUUUUUCCUGUGAGAACGUCCCGUUAUGAACCGACGUUGACAGUUAGGAAUUUAUUAGUUGUAAUUACAAAUAUUUCUGGCAAAUUAAUUAACUAACGGCACCUAGACAACUAAGCAUAUGUGAAUGUAUUUUAACGCAUUAUAUAUUUAAUAAUAUGCUGCAGACACUCUUUCCCGCUGCUUUGCGCUUUCGACUCUAAGAAACAAAAAUAUUCUUAAAUAAUGUAAUGUGUAUUUAUUAUUGUUGUAAUUAAAUAUAAUUAACUGUACUUGUGAACUAAAAUAAAAACAAAGUCAGCUACUUCGUGUAAUCUGUAUGUGUUAGUGCGGUGCAAAGCGGAAGUAAUAGUUUUUAAGACGAAGUCCACGUGGAGCGAUUUUGUAUGAUUAAAAGCAACAUAUUACAUAAUAAUUAGUAACUAGAAGAAGCAGCUGGUCCCCAUUAAAAUAUGAUACUUCCAUAAAAAUAAACCUAAAAGUGUGAAAAUAAACUUAAUCAAAAGAAAAGAGAAAAGAGGAGAA